AUGUACAAAUAUAUAGUUGUUGUAUUAUUACUAAGUGGCAUACUUGCCUCAACCGCAUCAGCCUUCAACAUUGCCUCUGGAACCAACUUGGUUGGAUAUUGGGGCCAGAACUCAGCCUUCUCAACAGGAAAGUCACAAUUGGACCUAAUCGAUUAUUGUACUGGUUAUGAUGUUAUUAAUGUUGCUUUCCUUGUAUCAUUCUUUGGAGGUGAUACCUUAAGUGGUACCUCAAUCAAGUUGCCAACAUUGAACACUGCCAACAAAUGCGGCAAUCCCAACUCCCAGUAUCAAAAGUUGAUGGACUGUCCAAUGGUUGGUUUGGGCACCAAGUCCUGCCAGAGCCAGGGUAAGAUUGUGAUGUUGUCUUUGGGCGGUGCCACUGGAGACAAUCCAAUCGCAUCCACUGCUAAGGCUCAAGAGUUUGCCAACACCCUCUGGAACAUGUUCUUUGGCGGCACUGACACCAAGUACCCACGACCAUUCGGUGAUGCCAAACUCGAUGGUAUCGACUUUGACAUCGAAGGUGGCGACACCACCCAUUACAACGACCUUGUCGUUGCCUUCAACAACUUGGCCAAGACAGACAAGUCCAAGAAGUACUACAUCUCUGGUGCUCCACAGUGUCCCAAGCCCGAUGCUAGCUUGGGACCAGGCACAGGAACUGCUUUGUCAACUGGUUUGUUCGACUUUAUCAACAUUCAGUUCUAUAAUAACAACUGUGGAUUGGCUGGCAACAACUUCAACUACAAUGAAUGGAAGAUUUGGGUCAACUCUGAGAGUCCAAACACCAAGAUUGUCAUUGGUGCACCAGGAGAUACCUAUGCUGCUGGCAGUGGCUACGUCGAUGUCGCCAAGCUCCAAACAAUCGUUGGUCAAUAUAUUAACGAUCCAACCUUUGGUGGUGUGAUGGUUUGGGACUGCACUGUUGCCGACAACAACAUUGUUGGUGGCAAGUCAUACAGCUCGACAAUCAAGCAGUAUAUGGUAUCAGCAAGGAAUCCAUCGGUUACCUCUGCCGCACCUACAACAACGACCAUGACCACAACCACUGGCUCCACUUCCAGCUCCAACAUCCUUCUUCCAUCACUUAUUGGAAUGAUCAUUGCAAUCAUUGCAAUCAUCGCCAUCUUAUUAUAG